CAGGUGAUUCCCCACCAUUUUUAAUCUUCUCUGUUUCUCUGUGGAGAAUCAACAGAACCUGUUUAGACUCUUCCAGUCAGCUAAGAGUUAACCUCCUCUUCCUGAGGCUCAGCCUGCCGUCAAACCUGUUCCUACUCGCCCCACAGACAUUUGCAACCCUUUGUGUCGGCUGGUUUACAGCUCUGAAAAGAAGUGUUUUAGCUCAGAGUCUCGUCAUGUUUGUCUCCAGACUGAUCUGCAGGUUCGGUUUCUGCCGCUCUCGACCCAAAGGAGUCAGAAUCUACACCUCCAGCUCAGUCUGGUCAACCUGUGUCGCUUCCAGUUACAGCAGUCGACCUCCGACCCAAGAUGCGUCUAUUCGUUACAGCUUCGGUCGCCCGGUCCUCUCUGUGCGUCUCCCUGCAGGCCAGCAGUUUCGUUUCCCUCUGACGCCCAUGUUGACCACGGUGGGCGACCUGCUGCGAGACAUCGCAGCCAAAGACCCCGGAGUGCAAACCGCUGCCCUGCUCAAUGGAGACGGACAGAGAAUCUCCUCGUGCACUUUUAUGGAAACUGUUUUAAACAAAGAUUUCCAGCUGGUCAUCAAUGAUGUCACACACAACGUUCAUGCACUUGGACAAGGUUCGUCUCAUGAACAUGUGUUGGGUCUGGAUGAUAUGAAGUACGUGGUCCACCUGCUUCACUCGGCUCUGGAGCUUCCUCAGCAGCAACACACCAAACACUCUGAGCUGCUGAUCAGACAAGAGCAGCUCAGACAGCAGCUGCUGCCGCUAGAGACGGUGAAAGUCCAGAUGGCAAAGGAGGCGGAGUCUAAAGCAUCCAUGCUGGGGUUGGUCGGCCUGGCCUACCUGUCACUGCAGGGGGGAUUCCUGGGAUACCUCACCUGGUAUGUGUUUGCCUGGGACAUCAUGGAGCCAAUUACCUACUUCCUCUCCUACACCACCAGUAUGAUCUUCUUCGGCUACUACGUUCUCACCAAACAGGAUUUCAUCUGUCCGAAUGUGAGGGAUCGUGAGUUCCUUCAGUUCUUUCAUAAGAGAGCAUCUCAACAGAAAUUCAACGUUCAGAAAUACAAUGAGCUCAAAGACGAACUGGCAAAGGUGGACGAUGAUCUCAGGAGGUUAAGACGAGCAAUUCGGCUGCAGCUGCCGGUGGAUCAGGUUCAGCCUCAAAGAGCCACCUGAGAUUUUUUUAUAAUUUUCUAUUUUGUUGUGACAUUAAUUGUAACUUUUAUACAUUACUUUAUAGUCGUUGUUUAUAACAAAAUGUUUCAACGCUUCUGUCAUGGCCGUCUGACUUUAUUAAAGACAUAUGUCAUUUUUAAAACACUGUAAAACGUUAGCUGAAAAGAUGUGCUACCUGUAGAAGCAGAAACUUAUUUCUGUUGCAGUACAUUUAGAAAAAAAGUAUGUUAUUGAUAGAGGAGAAAAAUAUAUUUCACUGGCAUUUUAUUGGACACAAGUGGUAUUUAAUUACUAAUACAAUGCGUAAACAAAAACUGGGCUGUUUAAAGUCUGUGAUUGUUGGAAAAUGAAAACACUUUUGCUUUUGCCACUGAUCAAUUCACAGUAAAGAAAAGUUUC